AUGAAAAGCUCUUUUUUUAUAAAUCACCUAGAGAGGUUUUCAAAGGAUGAGAUAUUGAGGAAGGAAAAUUUUGAUGAGCUAGUAAGAAUAGAUAUUGAAGAAAAUAAUAAGAAAAUAAUAAGUUUUGAUAAUAUAAAUGAUAGUAAUAAUAAUAAUAAUAAUAAUAAUAAUGUGGAUGAUAUAAUUCUGAAGAAAGAGAAAAAGAGGAAAAAGAAAAAAAUUGAACAAAUUCGGAAUACUUUAAGUUCGAAUUGUAGAGUUAUAGAAAUAAAUGAUGAUGAAGAGAUUAAAAUAUUAGAUUGGAAUAAUAUAAAGAGUACUAAAAUAAAUGAGUAUAUAAUAAAUAGUUUAAUUACUAAAUUUCAUUUUAAUAAUUUCUUAGCUUGUCAAUCUAAUGUUUUAGAAUAUUUAUUAUUAUAUAAAUAUGGAUCAAGUUGUUUAAAAAGUGGUGAUAUAUAUAUAGAAGUACCUACAGGGCUAGGAAAAACUUUAUGUUAUAUCAUAAGCAUUAUUGAUUAUUUUUUGUAUAAAAAUGAGAAUACAUUAUAUUGUUUAAUAUUAACUGCUACAGAUGAAUUAGUAAAUCAGAUUAUGAAUGUAAUUAAUAUUUUUGAAAUUAAGAAUUUAAAAUGUAUGAAUAUUGAUAUGAAAAAUUUCCAUUCCAAUAUAUAUUUCGAUGAAAUAAUUAAUCAUAAAAAAAUGUUAAGUGAUUGUAAUAUUCUUGUAACAACUACAAAAAAGUUUGAAGGCUUAUUUUAUAGUAAUGAGGAUAUAUUUAUGAAUUUAAAGUUUGUAAUUAUUGAUGAAGUUGAUAAAAUUGUAGCUUAUAGUCAAUGUAAUAUAUGUUCUAUAGUAAAUUCAUUAACAUAUAUAGUAAAAAAGCAUCAAAAUAAUUGUUCAAAUAUCUAUAAACCUAAAUAUUUUCUACAAAAAAUUCUGGUAUCAGCAACACUGUGUAAAGUUUCUGAUAAUCUAAUGUCUUUAGAUUUGUAUAGACCUAUUUUUUUUUAUUAUAUCUUGAAUUAUAAAAGAAAUGAGGAGUUUUAUUUUUUCACAAAAAAUAAAUAUUCAAAAAUGUAUAUAUUGAUAAAGUUAUUAUUGAACCAUAUACCAAACAAAGGAGAUGAAGAUUCGUCACACACCCUAUACAGAUAUCUUACGAUUUAUUUUAGUUAUAACAAUAAUAACAAUUAUUCAAUUAAAGAAUACAGUCGGCAGUUAUCAAAUAAGGUGAAGAAAAAAAUCCUGACCAAUUUCCUUAGUCAGAAAGUGCACAUAUUAAUAUGUAAUGACAAUAUAUCUAGAGGAUUAGAUACAGUGAAUGUAAAUUAUGUGAUAAAUUUUGAUAUGCCAAAACAUUACAAUGUGUUGACACACAGAAUAGGGCGACUGGCAAGAUAUAAUAGCAGAAGGGGCACAGUAUAUCAUUUUAUUAAGAAGAGUGAAAAUAUAAUUAUGAACAAGUCAGCAAAACAAAGAAAUGUCAACUUAAUCGAACAAAAAAGAUUUAAAAAAAAUACUUUAAUAGAUAUAAAAAAUAAUAUAAUGAAUUUAAAAAAAAUAGUUAAAAAUACUAUACAUAUGGAAAGCAAGGAAAAAAUUAAACCUCACAAAUUUUAUUCUUAUGAUGAGUUAAUCAAAUUAAUAGGCACAUAA